AUGUUUGGGCCAUGGGCCCGAAGUUUCGUGUGGAAGCCAGAGGUCGUCAGGGCAAACCAAGAGAUUGCGAUAGCUAGUCGGAGCAGCCAAUGGCCGAAAUGCCUCUUCUUGCUGCAGCACUUCCGCGAGGUUGCUUUGGAGCAGGACACUGUGAGCUUCAAUUCGGCCAUUGGCGGUUGCCACAGCUGGCUUCAUGGAGUGGAGCUGUUCACCCAGUCCCAUUCACACAGUUUGGCCGACAGCGUCACCUACAGUGCCUGCAUGGCCGGCCUGGAAUGGGCCAAUGCUUUGGAAUUGCUCCGUCAUGGGCCACAGCAUGUCAGCGUCAUCAACGCUGCAGCUGCGGUGUGCGGCGGUUUGCGCAGUAGUUCGCCACAAAGUGGAGCCACCAGACAAAGGAACUGGUUUUGGAGCUGUUGUGUUUUCCAAAGCGCCUCAAAGGCAGAAGUGGAGCUGGACAUGGUAAGUUUCAAUGCGAUGGUUGGCGCUUCAACCAGUGCUGGAUGGGAACGAACCUUGCUUCCAUUCACAAGCUUAGAGCAGGAAGGCUUAAGACCUGACAACAUCACCUUCUCUUUUUUUAGCGCUUUGCCCUGGUUCAGCGCAUUGCAGCUUUUAACUCAACUGGCCAAGCAGAAUUUGAAAGUCUCAGCCAAAUCUGCUUCAGCGGCCGCAGCUGCUGCACGACCUGCUCGCUGGCAGCUUUGCCUCAACUUCGUUGGCCGCAGUUCUGAUGAGGACCAGGUAGACGCGCCAAGCCGGGCCUUUCUCAGUGCUUGCGCCGCGGAGUCAUGUUGGCCGCAGGCACUAUUGAUCUUUGACAAGAAUUUGAAGUCGAACAUCUCACACGGAACAUCGGGAAGCUUGAGCUUUCUGGCGGUCAUCACUGCUUGCGCACGUGGACAGCAGCAAAUCUUCACUGAAAUUCUCCUCAAAUCCAUGGACAAGUGCCGAAUCGGGAAGACCAAGGAGAUUUACACUGCAGCUAUGGGCGCUGCCAAUGACAAUUGGGGUGGGGAACCCUUGAAAGAGGGUCGGCACUGGGAGUCUGGUUGGCAAUGGUCACUGGCUUUGCUGAGCGAAAUGGCCAGUUCAAAGUUGGAGGUAGAUGCGGUGGCACUGGGCGUCGCGCUUUCGGUGUGCUUACGUGCUCGCUGCUGGGAGGUUGCGUUGGUCCUGGCAAGCCGCUCACAGCUUCAAGGCUCACGUGCCACGGCUUCGACGCAUGCAGCGAUCAUUACGUGCCACGCUUUGGCCAGCCAUUGGCAGCGAUCACUUGAAUGUUUUGGAAGAUGUUCGAGCUUUCGAACACUUGUGACCUGCAACCCGUUGCUCAAUGCCUUCAGUGAAGAUUCGACCUGGCAGGCAGCUCUGGAGCUCUACAGCACGGCAUACCUUGAGAGCUUGGUUAUCACCUUCAACAUUAUGGCUGGUGCCUGUGCAGCAGUGCAUCAAUGGCAACAAGCCAUCACUUUCCUACAGGACAUGCUGCAACAUGCGCUGACACCAACAUCAUCAACAUUCAACACGCUUAUGACAGGGUGCGAGCAAGCCCAACAGUGGUGGCGUGCGUUUGUUCUCUAUGAGAAGAUGCAACAUCUUGGAAUUCAGGCUGAUGCCACCACCCACGGUACUUUGCUGUCCGCAAUGGAGCGUGCCAACCACUGGCAGCAUGCGGCCUAUGCUCUUUGCACGGGGGUUUUCUCUAACCGGGCCUUACUCAACGGAGUCCUGAAUGCCUCCAGCAGCAGUGGGCAGUGGGAGUUGACGCUCCAGCUGCUGCAUUCCGGACAUGAGACUGACAUGCUGAGCUUUGGCACAACAGCCCUUGCACUUGCAAAAGGACACCAUUGGCAACAUAUCGUGGCUCUUCUGGAAGGACUAGGCUUUCAGCCAAGGUCCAAAAAGACUCUGAUGCUCAAGACUUUGCAGCUCGCAUUGGAAGAAGGCAAGCCAGAUGCAGAUGACCGCUACAUUGCUGGGCCCGCUGAAGCGCCACUACUCUUGAAGCGGGCACUUCCAGCCCAUACGUCCCAAGCUCAAGCGACAGAUGAUCAGCUUUUCUUUGUAGAUGGUGCUUUGGAAGGAAGAAAUCACAAAGAAGCAGGGAACCUUCGAAUUGUCACAAGCAAGUCCACCACCUCGAAAGAAGUUUUGGAUGACUUGGUCUCAGAAGCUCGGGAGCUGUGGAUGGGAGCACGCGAAACAGGAGACACGAGAGCAAAAACGACUUUGCUUGUUUGCCCUCAUGUCCCAGCUUGGAACAAAGAUUUCCGUCAUUUCCAUGCGUUUUACACCUGGCAUCUUGAUGGCGGCUUUGCCUUGGCUGAGUCACUGGGAAUCAAGGUGGUACCCUUUCAUCCCGAUUUUGCGCUCCUUCAACGAGGUCCUGAAACUGGUGACUUUGUGCUGGUGCCUGGGCCAGAUGGUGAAGACGCUGAAGCUCAAGUUAUCGAGAAGAAUGUCGGCAAAGAUGAAGCAAACGAGUAUUGCAUGGCUGUCCGCUUCGCCAAUGGAGAAGAAGGACUGAUUCGCCAUGCAUCGGUCAUGGCCCAACCAAGUAGUCAAGCCAGAGAGGAGGACUUGUGCCGCAAUUUUACUUCUAGAGCUCCACGUCCAGUGCUGCACCUCUUGCGAUUGCCUGACCUCAUCCGAGCCGAACAAGAAGCACAGAGCUUGCCGAAGAAACCCAGGUGGCAACAAAGACUGGAAAAGGAAGCAGCAGAAGUUGAAGCUGAACUGGAGCGAGAAGCCAUGGCAGAGGCCAAGGCAGCUUUCAGAGAUCGGGGUCGCUUGGAGAAAGAGAUGAGCGAUAAAGUCUCCAAACGGGCGUCGAAGAAGCCAUACAGAAAAAGAACGACACAAGACGAUGAAGACUUGCAGGAGGAGCUGGCGCAGAUGCGAGGUGCUACUCAGGCAAUCACUGACCGCAAUCAGUUUACCGUCAAGUCCCUGGGUCCUUUGCGACUCAGGGAAAUCAUGCAGAAUUGUGAACGAACCGAGUAG